UCUUUCUAAUUCAGAACCCACAAACUUCAACAAUGGUGGAGACUUCAGAGCAAGUCCGCCCUCUCGCCCCCGCCUCCGACCGCCCCAUCAGCAGCGACGACGAAGAAGCCGCCGUCUCCGGAACCCGCCGCAGGCGGUGGGUCAAAUGCUGUGGCUGCGACGGGGCCGGGGGCCCCCUCGUCCAAGCCAUAGUCGUCGUCAUCCUAAUCUUCACAGUCUUCAAAGUCAAAGACCCGAUCAUCCGGAUGAACGGAGUUACGGUCGAGAGGCUAGAGCUGAUAAACGGCACCACCACCCCACAGCCGGGCUCCAACAUGACGCUAAACGCCGACGUUUCGGUGAAGAAUCCGAAUUACGCUUCGUUCAAGUACCAGAACACGACGACCGCGCUCUUCUACCGCGGGACGGAGAUCGGGGAGGCGCGUGGGCCUCCGGGUAGAGCGAAGGCCCGCCGGACGAUGAGGAUGAACAUAACGGUGGACGUGAUGACGGAUCGGAUCCUGUCGCAGCCGGAUUUGAGUUCGGAUAUAAACUCGGGUUUGAUCGCGAUCAGUAGUUAUACGCGGGUUGGCGGGAGAGUGAAGAUGUUCAUCAUCAAGAAGCAUGUGACGGUGACGAUGAACUGUACCAUUACGAUCAACGCCACGAGCCAGGCGAUUCAGCAGCAGAAAUGUAAGCGAAAGGUCAAGCUCUAGCUGUAGUAUAGAGUAGUAGGGUAUACAGUAUAUGUACGUAUACGUAUGUAUGUAUUUUUGGUAUACAUAUACAAGUAGUACGACGUUGUCUUUUUUUUUUUUUUUUAAUUUUUCGAGCUAUAAUUUAUUCUAAUACAAUUAUGUGG